GAGCCGCCGGGCGCUGCCUCGCCAGACCUCGCAGGGACCGCGGGGCCACCGGGAGGCACUUUUUGUGGAGGGGGGAGGGGGACGACCUCUGCAGCCGCGGCGCCCCGGGCGUCCGAGCGCAGCGUGGGGCGGGCUGCGACAUCUGCCUCGGUGGAUUGCAUUUUUAAUUAAGGAUUCCCAACAGCUCUUGGGAUUUUUACAGUUUCCACUCAAGUGUUGACACCCGCCUUCUGGAGAAACUUGCUCCAAGUGCAUCUAGCGCCUGGGACCUGAGACGGAGUUGGCUUCUCGUGCAUGCAAUUCCAGGAUUUUGGUUUUGUUUGGGGUUCUUUUUCUUUCUUUCCUUUUUUUUUUUUUUCCUUUUUGCAGGGAGUAAGAAGGAAGCUGAGGGUAUCAACAAGCCUGCCUUUCGGAUCCUGCAGGAAAAGCCCAUGUAGUUAAGCGCUUGGGUUUUAAAGGCAGGGCUUCCCCCGACACAUCUGGAGGGUUCGGCGCGAGCGCUUUGUGCUCAUGGACCAAACGCGCAACUUUUGAAGGCUCGCCGGCCCAUGCGGGGUCUUUCUGGCGCGGCGCCGCCUGCAGUCCCCCUCCAGCGCCGGGGCUGGAGUUGCUGAGUAGCCGGGCCGCCGGGGUCCAUGUAGCCGCUGGCCCCGCGCGGACUGCGGCUCGGCGCGCGCCUGCUCCCCGCCGUCCCGGCCCGGCGAGCUCCCUCAUGUUGCAGCCCCGCGGCGCCCCUUCGACGACAGGCUGUGCGCAAUCUGCACGGCGCCGUGCGGCGGAGCUUCAUGUGGGGCUGCGGCCCGCGCAGCCGGCGCCUCGCUGAGGGAACGGACCCCCGGUAACCGGAGACCGCCUCCCUCCCACCCCCGGCGCCAAAGGAUAUCGUAUGUUCAGGUCCAAACGCUCGGGGCUGGUGCGGCGACUUUGGCGAAGUCGUGUGGUCCCCGACCGGGAGGAAGGCGGCGGCGGCGGCGGCGGCGGCGACGACGAGGAUGGGAGCUGGGGCAGCCGAGCUGAGCCGGCCCCGCGGGCACGAGAAGGCGGAGGCUGCGGCCGCUCCGAAGUCCGCCCGGUAGCCCCGCGGCGGCCCCGGGACGCGGUGGGACAGCGAGGCGCCCAGGGCGCGGGGAGGCGCCGGCGCGCAGGGGGCCCCCCGAGGCCCAUGUCGGAGCCGGGGGCCGGCGCUGGGGGCUCCUCGCUGGACGUGGCGGAGCCGGGAGGCCCAGGCUGGCUGCCCGAAAGUGACUGCGAGACGGUGACUUGCUGUCUCUUCUCGGAGCGGGACGCCGCGGGCGCGCCGCGGGACGCCGGCGACCCUCUGGCCGGGGCGGCCCUGGAGGCGGCGGGCGGCGGGCGGAGUCGCGAAGCCCGCUCGCGGCUGCUGCUGCUCGAGCAGGAACUCAAGACGGUCACGUACUCGCUGCUGAAGCGGCUCAAGGAGCGCUCGCUGGACACGCUGCUGGAGGCGGUGGAGUCCCGCGGCGGCGUGCCGGGUGGCUGCGUGCUGGUGCCGCGCGCCGACCUCCGCCUGGGCGGCCAGCCCGCGCCGCCGCAGCUGCUGCUCGGCCGCCUCUUCCGCUGGCCCGACCUGCAGCACGCUGUGGAGCUGAAGCCCCUAUGCGGCUGCCACAGCUUCGCCGCCGCCGCCGACGGCCCCACCGUGUGCUGCAACCCCUACCACUUCAGCCGGCUCUGCGGGCCAGAAUCACCACCACCCCCCUAUUCUCGGCUGUCUCCCCGCGACGAGUACAAGCCACUGGAUCUAUCUGAUUCCACAUUGUCUUACACUGAAACGGAGGCCACCAACUCCCUCAUCACCGCCCCGGGUGAAUUCUCAGACGCCAGCAUGUCUCCGGAUGCCGCCAAGCCGAGCCACUGGUGCAGCGUGGCCUACUGGGAGCACCGGACCCGCGUGGGCCGCCUCUACGCGGUGUACGAGCAGGCCGUGAGCAUCUUCUACGACCUACCUCAGGGCAGCGGCUUCUGCCUGGGCCAGCUCAACCUGGAGCAGCGCAGCGAGUCGGUGCGGCGCACGCGCAGCAAGAUCGGCUUCGGCAUCCUGCUCAGCAAGGAGCCCGACGGCGUGUGGGCCUACAACCGCGCGGAGCACCCCAUCUUCGUCAACUCGCCCACGCUCGACGCGCCCGGCGGCCGCGCCCUCGUCGUGCGCAAGGUGCCGCCCGGCUACUCCAUCAAGGUGUUCGACUUCGAGCGCUCGGGCCUGCUCCAGCACGGGCCCGAGCCCGAUGCCGCCGACGGGCCCUACGACCCCAACAGCGUCCGCAUCAGCUUCGCCAAGGGCUGGGGGCCCUGCUACUCAAGGCAGUUCAUCACCUCCUGCCCGUGCUGGCUCGAGGUCCUCCUCAACAGCCACAGAUAGCGGCGGCCCGCGCCCC